CCUGACCCACACUUGUGUUGUGUCUGGAAGUUGAAGUGUGGAGGAGACUAGCUGCUACAGCUACAGCAAAGGGAGCAGCUUCUUUGCUAAUCCUCUCUACUCUUUCAGAGUUUAAUAACAAAAAAACAACUGUUAUAAUGGCUUCAAUUACAGAGUUAAAAUGCGCGCUCAGGGAAACUCUUGAAGCUCGUGGAGUAUUGGGACAGCUGAAAGCGAGGAUUCGAGCAGAGGUGUUCAGUGCUUUGGACGACCAGAGUGAACCACGGCCUCCACUGUCACAUGAAAAUCUUCUUAUCAAUGAGCUCAUCCGCGAGUAUUUGGAAUUCAACAAGUAUCACUACACAGCUUCAGUACUGACGGCAGAAUCCGGUCAGCCUGAAGUUCCUUUAGAUAGGCAGUUUGUGGCAAAUGAACUGAACGUUGUAGAGGACCCAAGUGCAAGGACAUUGCCGCUUCUCUAUGGCUUGCUGUCACAUUUCCUUCAAAGUGGAGAGACUAAGGACAAACUGUUUCUCAGAAACGCUGCCCCCUUGACCUCACAAAAGCCAAACACCAAAGACUGCUGAAUUGUACAUGUAUUGAGGCCAGUUGUUGACUGAAAUCUCAGGCCUGUGUAUUAUGGUAAGACCACAACCUAUUAGGGUUGACUCUUGACACCAACCAUGUUAAAAUGUAUGUUUGCACUGGCACUAGCCACUACAGCUGGGGUAAGAAUACUUACCAGGAUGGUGCUUUUCUCUCAGAAUAUUCCGAGUUUGAGCCAUGUGCUGAAAUUAUUCUGUAUAUAACAGGUGACACACUUGUGUAUAUUUCAUGUUUUCAGUGCCUACUAUUAUGAAUAAAAAAUGUAAACAGUUAGGAUCACUCAAAAUAGAUAACAGUCUCUGUCCCAGUAAUAUUUUGGGGGAUAAUUAUAAGUAAUGAGCUGUCUGCAAAAAGUUUCUUCUGUUACCAGAAUAUUUAAUUUUGGAUUGGAGUUUGUAGAGGAAAUGGCCCACACAUUAAUUCAUUCACUGAUUACUGUGGAGAAAAGUGCCCUCUAUAAUGAUGCAGCGUUAAUACGCUGGAUCCUUUCAGAUAUAACCAAUCCUUUUUUUACCGUCUUUUUCAUCCGUGGAUGUGUGUAUAAAAACUGAUCCUAAAUAUAUUCAAGAGUUGGUAAGAGAAGAAAGUGGAUCUUAAAAGCAGGCAUAGGUCUAAAUAGCAGCACUGUGCUUUACUGAUAAAUGUUCCAUGAAUGUUUAACCUGUUUUUUCUACACUGUAAACAUUCCAUUUGUUACCAUAGAUCUUUACUCACAUGUAAGAUUUGGCCUGCUGAUCCUGUCUUGGAAUAGAUGAAUUGCACUUUCUUCAGUAAAUGUCAGAUAAUCAC